GUUGACAGUCUCAACAUCUGGCAACGCCGGCGGCAUGUUUUGUUCAGCAAUACGUAAUAUUUUAAAAAAUUCACAAAAUGCGGCUAAAAUCGCGGCAAUUACAACACAACUACGGAAUCUGCGGGGUCAAAGAGAAGCCCAAAGCGAGGUGGAAGUGUUCAGAUCACCAGAUAUAAUAGCCCAACAGAAUGACAAGGAAACAGAGCCGGCGACGCAGGAUAGCUUCAAAGAAGUGGCUCUGGACUUUGGGAAUCGGGAGGCCCAUGUGCCCUCCUUUAAUUUGGCGGCCUACGUAAAUAAAUCCAGUACCCUGCAGCAAUUCAUCAGUUUGGGAGUAGAUCUGCACAGUAUAGAGAGGCGGAAGGGAUUGGGCCAGUUUGUGCUGCAGCUGGACUUUGAGAAGAAUGUUAAACCCUUUAUAACCUUCCUGGUGGAUCAGGGCAUUUCACCCGACGACUUUGGCAGGAUGUUCACCAAGAACCCACUGCUGUUCAAGGAGGAUCUUGAUGAUCUGCAGACCAGAGUGGACUACCUGAAGAGCAAGAGAUUCUCGGACGAGGCCAGGCAAAGGAUUCUCACCCACAAUCCCUAUUGGCUGAUGUUCUCCACCCGGCGAGUGGAUCGCCGACUGGGCUACUUUCAAAAGGAGUUCCGAUUGAGUGGCCAUGACCUCAGACUUCUGGCCACCAGGGAACCCAAUGUCGUUACCUACAACAUGGAGCACCUGCGAAAAUCCGUUUUCACCCUCAGGGAGGAAAUGGGAUUCAGUGCCAAGGAGCUGAGUGCCCUGGUGGUGCGAAAACCACGCUUAAUGAUGACUCCACCCGAUGAUCUUGUCGAGCGAUUCAGCUACAUCCACCAAGAUAUGGGCCUUUCGCAUGCCCAGAUUGUCCAGUGCCCUGAACUUCUAGCAUCGCGGGAAUUUCGACUGCGGGAACGCCAUGAGUUCCUCAAGUUGUUGGGCCGUGCUCAGUACGAUCCUCAAAAGGACAUGUAUAUAUCGCCGAAGACCAUAGUGGAAGGCAAUAACUCUUAUUUCGUGCGAAAUGUGGCAAAAAGUGAUUUCGAAACUUUUGAUUUGUUUUUAAGAACAAGAUGAGAAAAUAAAA